UGACUUUGAUUACGGCGUUUCAUUAACCUCUCCUCACUAGUAAGUCAGCCCUCUUGGCAGCCUGGGAGUCUGUGGGGGUGUGUUACGUUGGAGACCGAGUUGGUAACUUGAACGCUGGUCUCCUGGGCAAAGCUGAUAGUGAAAAGCAAUCGUACCUCAUUUACCCGGUUGCUACCAACAAACCUCCCCGGCUUCCCAUCACAACCCUUUGUCACUUCUUCUCUAUAAAUCCGCGGGCAGAGACAGACUUCAGUCUGCUGAUAGAUCUUCUCGGUCGAUUCCUUAAAGUCGCACUGUGGGAGAUCCUUAGCCAUGCGUGAGUGUAUCUCCAUCCAUGUUGGCCAGGCCGGUGUCCAGAUGGGCAAUGCAUGCUGGGAGCUGUACUGCCUGGAACAUGGCAUCCAGCCCGAUGGACAGAUGCCCAGUGACAAGACCAUCGGAGGGGGCGAUGACUCCUUCAACACCUUCUUCAGUGAGACUGGAGCGGGGAAGCAUGUCCCACGAGCCGUCUUUGUCGAUCUAGAACCAACUGUGAUCGAUGAGGUCCGCACUGGCACCUAUCGGCAGCUGUUCCACCCCGAGCAGCUCAUCACCGGCAAGGAAGAUGCCGCCAACAACUAUGCCCGUGGGCACUACACCAUUGGCAAGGAGCUGAUCGACCUGGUUCUGGAUAGACUUCGCAAGCUGGCUGACCAGUGUACAGGACUCCAGGGUUUCCUCAUCUUCCACAGCUUUGGUGGAGGCACCGGCUCCGGAUUCACUUCCCUGCUGAUGGAACGUCUGUCUGUAGAUUAUGGCAAGAAGUCCAAGCUGGAGUUCUCCAUCUACCCGGCUCCUCAGAUCUCCACCGCAGUGGUGGAGCCCUACAACUCCAUCCUGACCACCCACACCACCCUGGAGCACUCAGACUGCGCCUUCAUGGUGGACAAUGAAGCCAUCUACGAUAUCUGCCGCAGAAACCUGGACAUUGAGCGACCAACAUACACCAAUUUGAAUCGGCUCAUUGGUCAGAUUGUGUCCUCCAUCACGGCCUCCCUUCGCUUUGAUGGUGCCUUGAAUGUUGAUCUGACAGAGUUCCAGACCAACUUAGUCCCAUACCCGCGCAUCCACUUCCCUCUAGCCACCUACGCCCCGGUCAUCUCGGCCGAGAAGGCUUACCACGAACAACUGUCUGUGUCUGAAAUUACAAAUUCCUGCUUUGAGCCGGCCAACCAGAUGGUCAAGUGUGACCCUCGCCAUGGCAAGUACAUGGCUUGUUGUCUGCUUUACCGCGGUGACGUGGUGCCGAAAGACGUCAAUGCUGCCAUCGCCACCAUUAAGACCAAACGUACCAUCCAGUUUGUGGACUGGUGCCCGACUGGGUUCAAGGUUGGCAUCAACUACCAGCCUCCCACUGUGGUGCCCGGUGGCGACCUGGCCAAGGUGCAGCGUGCAGUGUGUAUGCUGAGCAACACCACUGCCAUCGCUGAGGCUUGGGCACGGCUCGACCACAAGUUUGACCUGAUGUACGCCAAGCGCGCCUUCGUGCAUUGGUACGUGGGGGAGGGAAUGGAGGAGGGAGAGUUCUCUGAGGCCCGUGAAGACAUGGCAGCCUUGGAGAAGGAUUACGAGGAAGUUGGCACUGAGACUAUAGAUGGGGAAGGUGAGGCAGAAGAAGGAGAGGAAUAUUAGUCUGCAGAAAGUAGUCCAGAUGGUGAUAAAUAUGGGAUGAUAUAUGAUUCAACGUAAACUAUGAAGGAAGACAUCUUUAAUCUCUGGCAUUCUUAAAAUACAUGAAGCAUAAAAGGCAAUGAAAGUUGGUCUGAACCUGUCCUUUCUAAUUUCUUGACUUUUUCUAUUGCAAGCUGCACCGAUACCAAUCUUAACAACAACUUGAUCAGUCAUGAUCAUAUUGAAUGGCGGUGCUGGCUCGAAGGGCCGAAUGGCCUACUCCUGCACCUAUUGUCUAUUGUCAACACAAAAUUGUUCAUUGCUCGUGCAGUAUAUUGAGACUAUCUAGUUUAAUCACAACUGUGUAGAUGGCAAUAAAAUAAUAUUGCAUUGUCGGAAUGUGUGGUUAUAUGUACAGCAAACGAACAAAAUAAAAUGUUGUUGAUAUUC